UAUAGAUAUCUCAUAAUUCUUAUUUUCUAUGUUAUAAUCAGACUGUUAAUCCAUAAUUUUCUUGUGUGGGCCCAUGUUUGACCCUAUCAAAUCCUAAUAAAUCCGAACAACCACUAAUUAGAGCUCUCGUCAUUUGGAAAACCCAGCCCGCCUUCUACACUACUCCCAUCGGAAGCGUCCAGAUGGCGGCGGAAGGCGGCGACCAGUCAAUCACCCACUCCACAAUCUCCACCAACGGAAUCAACAUGCACGUGGCCUCGAUCGGAGCUGGGCCGGCGACGAUCCUCUUCCUCCACGGAUUCCCGGAGCUCUGGUACACGUGGCGCCACCAGCUCAUCUCCCUCUCUGCCCUCGGCUACCGCUGCAUCGCCCCGGACCUCCGCGGGUUCGGCGACACCGACGCACCCUCAUCUCCGGCCAAGUACACCGCCUUCCACAUCGUCGGCGACCUGGUCGGACUCCUCGACGCCCUCAAGAUCGACAAGGUUUUCUUGGUCGGGCACGAUUGGGGAGCCGCCAUGGCCUGGUACUUUUGCAGGCUCCGCCCCGAUCGGGUCACCGCCGUGGUCAACCUCAGCGUCCCGCCGCUCCGCCAGUCCCCUGCAUUCAACUUCGUCGACGCCUUUCGAGCUGCCUACGGCGAUGAAUACUACUUCUGCAGGUUUCAGGAAGUGGGGAAAGUAGAAGAGGAGUUUGCUGAGGUGGAGACGGGCAAAAUGAUGAUGAAGCUUUUCACAUUAUUCAGCAAGCCCGACCCGCCAAUGGUGCCCAGAGAAACCGGUUUCCAGGGACUGCCCGACCCGCCCAGCUUGCCAUCUUGGCUGUCGGAGGAAGACGUGCAGUACUACGUUUCUAAGUUCCAGAAAUCCGGCUUCACCGGCGGCCUCAAUUACUAUCGAGCGCUCCCCUUGACAGGGGAGCUGAUGGGGCCGUGGGCAGGAGGAGAUAGCAAGUACACAGUGCCGGCCAAGUUCAUUGUUGGAGAUCAGGACGUAGUUUACGGCAUGGUGGGGAUUAAGGAUUAUAUUCACAGCGAGGAGUUCAAGAAGGAAGUGCCGUUGCUGGAAGAGGUGGUGGUGAUGGAAGGAGUGCCUCAUUUCCCCAACUUGGUCAAACCACAGGAGAUCACUCAGCACAUCCUUGACUUCAUCAAGCGCUUCUGAGCUGCUUUAUCCCGUUCCACUACUUAAUUUUAUCCAACGUCUCUUACAGUUUCAGAGCGUGCUUCCUCUGUUUAUCGCAGAUCCGAGGUGUCCAGUCGUGCCAAUUCCAUGGAAAGCAGAUCAUUGUGUUGUCUUAUUAGUGUGUUUCAAUCUGUAGCUAGUAGUUUAGCUGAUUAAUGAAUAAGCUUCAAUAACUGAAGCCGCAUAUCUAUAUUUUACUAGUUUGUACAUGGGGAAUUAUUGUUUUCUUUUUAAGUACACUUCGGUAUUUUUAUUCAAAUAGUGUGUACUUAGAAAAUUAUCGUUGUCUAAUUUAGUACAUUCUGAUAUCUUGUUCGAAAAGUUUCAUAUACUUCUGAUCGGAUGUCACGUACAUGCAUGUAUAUAUAAAUGCAAACUAGCGCCGGGCCCGGCCCAUUGGCCGCGUAACCUUGAGUAGAAUCAUAAAGAUGAUGACACUUCAAUUCACAAAUGUCAAAUACUUACAUGGGUAUUAAAAAUCUUAAGUCGUG